UUUCUCUUUUCCCUGUACGUAUAUAAUGCAACAGCUAGCCAACAAGAGAGAGAUAAGAAAGUUAAUUUGUGGGUACAAGCUAGUUGUUGUAGUGUACAGUUAUAUAGCUUGAAUUUUCCAUGGCUCAACUUGGGUCUCUCUCUCAGGAAACGGAGACGUUGAGCCAUGUCCUGAGGCUGGUUCAGGCCUUCAGGGCGUUUGACUCCGACAACGAUGGUUCCAUCACUGCCGCAGAGCUCGGGGGAAUUAUGGGCUCUCUCGGGUACAACUCAAGCGAGCAAGAAGUGAAGGCAAUGAUGCAGCGAGGAGACACGAACCGUGACGGGCGGCUGAGCAUAGAGGAGUUCUUGGACAUGAACACAAACGAGCUGGGACUGGGAAGCCUUGGAGCGUUUCUCGGGAGCGCGUUUGAAGCUUUGACAGUGGAUUUCGAGAGUGGGGAAGCCGUGACAGGCGAGGAUCUACAUGGAGUUAUGAGGGAGAUAGGGGUUGAUCAACUGUCUGUGGAAGAUUGCCAGGCUAUUGUUGCUUCCAUGGAUGCGGAUGGGGAUGGAGCUGUUUCCCUUGAGGAAUUCAGGCUUAUGCUUAAUUCCUUCCUCUAGACUAAUUACCUCUCCAUAUAUAUAUAUAUAUAUAUAUAUAAUUAAAGGACACUGAUUUUGGUGCUCCAAAAAUGCACGCAUGCGUUCCAGUUUGUACUGUAAUAUCCAAUACAAAGUGGAGCACCUGCAUAUAAAAGUAGAGCGCGAAAAUCAAUUUCCAUAAUCAAACUAAUAAGCUGGCCCUUGGACUUGGAUGCUUAAUGUAUAUUAACAAUAAUCGAUCGAGCUUAAUUUGUUCUGGCAGAUUACACUCGUGUGAUCAGAAUUUGAGUCGGAAAGGGUGAGCUCGACGACACCCAUCAUAUAUAAUAAAUAAACAAGUUAAUUGAUAA